AUUAAAAAACUGUGCGAAUCCAGUGGUAAGAGUGGGAAUGGAUGAGAAUUACAGGACUAUAAGAUUGGGAAGUUUGCACGCCUUUCCCAUCACUCAAUUCGGAGACAAUAGUAACCAAAGAGUGUUGGAAGCGAAACACAGCGGAAGAAUAGUGUUGUCGAACAGUAUAUUCCGAAGAAUACAUUUCUUAAACCAAUCGCCAAUGAUUUUCAAACUAACUAAGGAUGACUUGAGUAUAGUUUGUGGCGUUCACUCCUUCGAUGGUGAAGAGGGCAAAGUAUUGGUUCCGCUUUGGAUUUUGAAAGCACUUGGACUCGAGUCGGAUGGUAUUGUCUCAUUGGAAAUGUUGACCAAAUCGAUGCCAAAAGGAUCGUUCGCCAAAUUCCAACCGCUCACCAAAGCCUUCUUAGACAUCAGAGAUCCGAAAACAACUCUUGAACACUGUCUCCACUCCUAUGUCUGCAUCAGUAAAGACAAUAUCAUCUCUAUUUACUACGAAAACCAAAUCUAUGAAUUGAGAAUCUGUGAGACACUGCCGGCAAAUACCAUAGAUAUCACUGAAUGUGAUCUCGUGGUUGACUUCGUAGAAAUGGAGAAAAAACCCGUAUUGCCCGACGAAUUGCCCGAUGAAUGUGAUUUGGAUAAACUUCAAACCCAAGCCCAAACCCAAGCCGUCAAUAGUUUCAGUCCGUUCUCCGGCGCCGGCAAAACCAUGAGAGGAAAAGAGGUAAAGACUCUGAAACCAAGUUGUGAUACACAGACCCAGAAGCGCAAAGCAGGUGCUCCUGAUUAUGACUACCAAAUGGGAAAACUGUUAUUUAAGAGACGCAAAAAGGAUGUCUCUCUUCCCGAACCAAUGGAUACAAACCAAGAAACCAAAAAAGAAACACAAACUAAACAGAAGAACAAACCUAAAGAAGACAAUCGGCAGACAUCGAGUGGUAGAAAAGAAGCAUUGUCCGGAAGACUCGAUCCGACACUCAUUCCAUGCGAUUUACAGACCGACGCCGGAAUCGCUUCGCGUGUAAACUCUGGUGAUUGUCAACUCUUCCUCAUUGUCCUGAUCGUCGUCACCACUACUGCUCUUCAUACUCAUGCGAUCCAAUUGGAAGAAAGUCCGCACUUCCGCGCUAUCGGUGUCCAUCAAUACAGUCAGUAA